AAGUUUACUUUCACUGUCUUCUUAUGAAUCAUGCAAAACCAGAGCUUUGUCACCGAGUUCAUACUCCUGGGGCUUUCACAAAACCCAGAUGUAGAAAAAAUACUAUUUAUUGUAUUUUUGUUGAUCUACCUUGCAACUGUUGGGGGCAACAUAGUAAUUGUGGUGACCAUCCUCUACAGCCCUGCACUGCUGGGUUCCCCUAUGUACUUGUUCUUGGCAUUCUUAUCCUUCCUGGAUGCAUGUACUUCUUCUACUGUCACACCCAAGAUAAUUACAGACUGCUUUUAUGAAAGGAAGACCAUCUCUUUUGAAUGUUGCAUGACACAACUGUUUACAGUCCACUUUUUCACAGGGGCGGAGGUGAUUGUCCUGGCAUCCAUGGCCUAUGACCGCUAUGUGGCCAUUUGCAAGCCCCUUCACUAUUCUUCCAUCAUGACCCGGAGGCUCUGUGGCAUUUUGGUGGCAAUAUCCUGGGCUGGAGGAUUCUUGCAUUCUAUCAUACAAAUUAUCUUCACAUUGCAGCUGCCUUUAUGUGGACCCAAUGUCAUUGACCAUUACAUGUGUGACUUAUUUCCAUUACUGAAGCUCGCCUGCACUGACACACGCAUUUUUGUCCUUUUAGUGUUUGCCAACAGUGGGGCUAUUUGUAUCAUAAUCUUCUCCUUAUUGCUUGUCUCCUAUGGUGUUGUCUUGUUUUCUCUGAGAGGCCACAGUUCAGAAGGUCGCCGUAAAGCUCUCUCGACCUGUGGAUCCCACAUUACAGUUGUGCUUUUGUUUUUUGUCCCAUGUAUAUUAAUAUAUGCACGACCUACAUCUGCAUUGUCCUUUGAGAAAAAUAUGCUUAUAUUUGUCAAUGUCCUGACACCAUUGCUCAAUCCUAUGGUUUACACUUUCAGAAAUAAGGAAAUGAUGAAUGCCAUCAGAAAAAUGUGGAAGAGAUUGACAGUGGUUUCUGAUCAAUUUUAA